AUGUGGAUAGACUCACUAUGUAUCAUCCAAGACGACUUGAUUGACUGGGAGAUUGAGUCUGGCAAGAUGGCAGACAUCUACAAGAGCGCCCUUCUGACAAUCAUGGCCGCCUCCGCAUCAGACAGCCAGGGGGGUUUCUUUCCAGAUCGUGCUAUAAUCAAGAAAUUAGUAGCCUUGCCAUACACCGAUGCCAGUGGGACAACAGAACUUAGUGUCUUUGUUGGUAGAAGGCCCCCAAACUUCAGGACGGUCUUGUCCGCCGCCCCGCUAUUCCAGCGCGGCUGGGUUUUCCAGGAGCGACUUAUGUCGAAAAGGAAGUUGAUAUUCGGUGAAACCCAAACAUACUGGGAGUGCCAUGGCGUUGUCCUCUCUGAGUCGAAUAUCCAAAGUCAAGGCCCGCUUGAGAUUCGGCAGACGCAAAACGACGCGGCAUUUCAAGUCUUCACUGGCCCCAUACACAAGAUGAAUACCACAUCUGAUCCAAUAUCACCGGUUUUCUUGUGGAGAAAUGUGGUGUCGCAAUAUUCUCCAUGCGCCCUGACCUACGAAGCGGACAGACUUCCUGCUCUGAGCGGAAUUGCGCGAACAUUCGCACGACGGUUCGGCGGUUCUUAUGGCGCAGGAUUGUGGCAAGACCAAAUGCCCUACAACCUGUUGUGGUUUGCUUCCUACCAAGCAUCGAAAGAGACCUACAAAGGGGAGUACUGCGCCCCAUCAUGGUCUUGGGCAUCAAUAAGGGAUGGGGUGCACUUCGAUACACCUGGUGGCAUGUUAGAACUGGAGAUUCUAAGCAUAAAUAUAAAGCUCGCUGGCCAGGACCCAUAUGGUAGAGUAUGCCCCGGUAGUAGUAUGUGCGUUCGAGGUAGAUUGCGCAGUGGAACACUCGUCAGAAGAGAGGGGUAUGAACACAAAGUGUGGUUGUAUAGUGAACACGGACGUCUCGACAACAUGGGGUAUCUCGAUCGAUACGACGAGAAUCUGCCUCUCGAAGUUGUCUACUUAGAGGUCUCAUCUGGUCGUGUUCAGACACAUCGGGAUGCGACCUGUCUCUUACUACGCAGAAUAGGAGCAGACAAACAUUUUCGAAGGGUAGGUAUGGCUAAUCUUCAAACUGUUGUUCUCAACGAAGAUUACCUCUUCCAUGGCCUUGGGAAAGAAGCGAUCACAUUAGUUUGA